AGACAGAGACAGCAAGGUUUUGUUGUUGCUGAUGUUGUCUUUUCGUUUCUGUUUUCGUUGCCAAAACAGAACUUCCUUUCCUUAACCCCCUCAGAAAUCCAAUCCAAAAUCCAAAUCCUUGCUGUAAAUUAAAACAAUCCAUUUUUCUUUUUUCCUUUUCUUUCCCUUAUCGUUCAAUUAUUCUUCUCUUCUUCGCCAAGAUCUGCCUUUUGGUUCCCUCCUCUCUCUCUCUCUCUCUCUCUCUAUCACUCCUUUCUAUCAGUAAUACUUUUGGUUUCCAGGGAAGAGAGAGAGAGAGAGUUUCUGAAGUUACAGAGAUCUAGGAAUUUUCUUUUCAUGUAACAGAGAUGAACUAAGUUGAAGAAAAUGGGGAAGAAAGGGAAUUGGUUUGCUGCUGUGAAGAAAGCUCUCAGCCCAGACUCCAAGGAAAAGAAAGAUAAAACCCCCAAGACAAAGAAAAAAUGGUUUGGGAAGAACAGCAGUACGGACGCGGCUGUUUCUUUCAAAGAACAAACUCCUUUGCCUGUUCCUGACCCUUGUCCUCCUGUGGAAGAUGUGAAAUUGGCUGAGAUUGAGAAUGAACAGAGCAAACAUGCUUACUCCGUCGCGCUAGCCACUGCGGCAGCAGCGGAGGCGGCUGUGGCCGCCGCGCAGGCUGCUGCUGAGGUUGUUCGUCUCACCGCAGUGCCCCGGCACUAUGGAAAAUCGAAGGAGGAGAUCGCAGCUGUUAAAAUUCAGACUGCUUUCCGGGGGUAUUUGGCAAGGAGAGCAUUGAGGGCUUUGAGAGGCUUGGUAAGGUUGAAAUCAUUGAUACAAGGGCAGUCUGUCAAAAGGCAAGCCACUACCACGUUACGGUGCAUGCAGACUCUUGCUCGCGUGCAGUCUCAGAUUCGCACGAGAAGAAUCAGAAUGUCGGAGGAGAAUCAGGCGCUUCAGCGGCAGCUCCAACAGAAAAGAGAAAAAGAGCUUGAGAAGUUGAGAACUUCCAUGGGAGAAGAAUGGAACGAUAGCACGCAAUCCAAAGAAAAAAUUGAAGCAAGACUGCUAAGCAAACAAGAGGCUGCUCUGAGGAGAGAGAGAGCAUUGGCUUAUGCAUUUUCUCAUCAGACGCUGAAGAACUCAUCAAAAUCCGCAAAUCCCACAUUCAUGGAUCCCAAUAAUCCCCACUGGGGGUGGAGUUGGCUAGAACGUUGGAUGGCUGCCAGGCCAUGGGAGAGCCGAAGCACAGUGGAAUACCACGACCACACUUCCAUGAAGAGCGCAGCAAGCAAUGCCAUGUCUGCCGGAGAGAUCACCAAAGCUUAUCACCGCCGUGAUCUCAGCCGCGAAAACAAACCCUCCCCCACAGCUCAAAAACCAAGAGACCAACAAACUACUCGUCAAUCCCCAUCUACCCCCAUGUCCAAGGCGCCAUCAAUAUCAUCCAUAACUGGGAAAACCCCGAAGGGAAGUGCCUUUGGCAGCCGGGAGGAGGACUCGAGGAGCAUGUUCAGCAUUCAGUCAGAGAGGUACCGGAGACACAGCAUUGCAGGGUCUUCAGUGAGGGACGACGAGAGCCUCACAAGCUCACCUCCUGUCCCGAGUUACAUGGCGCCGACGCAGUCAGCAAAGGCCAAAUCCCGGAUGCCAAGCCCACUAGGCUUUGAGAAAAAUGGCACGCCACCUGAUACGGGGUCGGUGUCUUCUGCCAAGAAGCGGCUUUCUUUCCACACUUCACCAGCCGGGUCGAGGAGGCACUCCGGUCCUCCCAAGAUUGACACUAGCACUUUUAUUAAGGACAUUGGAUUGCAUUUGGAGGAAAAAGUCAGCAAUGGAGGAGGCAACAGGUAGUCUUUGACAUGAAAACAAGAUUGAAUAAAAGGAGAAUUGAGCCUUUGAUAUUCGUUUCCAUUAUCAUCCCAAAGAAUUUUCAUCUUUCAAAGUGUGAGGAGGAAGGCCCAAAAAAAGAAAAAAGAAAAAAGGUGGCUCCUUUAUCUUCUUCUUGUUCUUCUUAAAUGUUGUUAUGUCUUUUAUCAUGUUGUAGGAUUGGUUUGGCCGUUUGGGAGGUGAAAUCAGUUAAAAGUAACAAAACUUUUACAGUUUGAAUCCGUUGUAGUGCUGUUGUAAGUGAUCC